ACUUGACCAAAACAUCACAAUGAAAGGUCACUUUAUCUUCUCUGGAGCUUUUAUAUUUUUCCUAGUUAUUUUUAUGAAGUUCUCAUCUAUAGGAAGAUGGUUCAGUGGAAAACAGUUGUACAUCUUAGACACUGAACAUAGUGGUCUCAGAAGGGAAAUACUGGAAAGACACAAAGAUCUCAACAACUUUUACAAAACUUUAAUAGGAGAAUCAGGGAUUAAACGUUUUUCUCCAAAUGCAAUGAUACUACCCUGGGCUGAGAUGGACCUGAAUUUCCCAUUACAACCUGGCAGUUUAGGUUGUGAGGAUCUUUCUCAUUUAACAGCAGUUGAUUAUUUAGGGUCUGGUUUUACCAAACUAGUCCUGAAGGGGACUUUAAAAAAUGGAAGGACUAUUGCUUUAAAGUCCAUUAAUGGAGAAGGCAAUGAUGUGAAACGUUGUCUCCAGCUAUAUGGGGAUUAUAUUGGCUGCUUCAGGCUGGCAACCUACAAACUGCAGAAAGAGAUGUCACUUCUGCAGUCCCUGCGCCACCCGGGCAUCAUUCAGUUACAUGGGCAGUGCUAUGAUAACAGUGCCCCCUCUGAUAUAAGGGUCACCGCCAUGUUGGAAAUUGGCUCUCCCCUUGAGAUGAUUCAGCUACUCCAGACCCCCUGGGAGGAGAGAUUUAAAAUCUGCCUCGAUUUGGUGAAGCUGCUGCAUUAUUUGGCAAGUUCUCCCCUUGGAUCCAUUGCCCUCCUGGAUUUCCAGCCUAGGCAGUUUGUUCUGGUUGGCGGAAGCCUGAAAAUUACAGACAUGGAUGAUGCUGCAACCGCAGAGCAGAACUGCACAGAAGAUGCAGACUGCGCACUCCGCUUCCCCUCCCGAACAUUCACUGGCACCUGCUCGCAAUCCGGGACAUGUACAGGAGCCAAUGAGAAGAGAAACCUCUUCAAUGCAUAUAGAUAUUUCUUCAAGUAUCUCUUGCCACAUGCUGCUCCUCCUGCUUUACAACCUCUUCUCCAGGACAUAAUGAACGCAACAGGUGAUUUACGGUUUGGAAUAAAUGAAACCCUAGAGGCUUUUGAAAAAGUGUUGGAUGUGUACAGAUCAGGAAUGUACAUCCACAGACGGCGUCACAUUAAAGAUUACAUCAUGGUGAAAGGAUUCCGGCUGGAUGACAGACAGGAUGAAUUCCGGUGCUGGCCCUCCUAUAACCACAUGGGGUGCCUGAUCUCUGUGCACAACACAAAUGAGGCCGCAGAGUUUUGUAGCAGCCAUGCGGCGUGUCAGAACUUUGUCAUCAGUCAACACAAAACAUGGACAGGUCGCUCUCUUGCUUCAUUUACAAGCAGCUCAGCCAAACCUAUUCCUGAUGUAAACUCUCAAGUCUACAUAAAAAGAUCCAGAAACAUAAAAUUGUAACCAAUGGGACAGUUUACAAGAGAUGCUGCUGAAAGCAUGGAAUUAUGGGAUACAGGCCAGCUGGAUUAGAGGAACAAUGGCAUUAAAGGGUUAAAGACAUUGAAUGUAUCAGUGCAAAGAUGUUAUGCAGUUACAUGCAGCUACUUUACACUGUUUGCUCCUGACCUUGCCCAUGUUUUUGUCUUAUACAGGUAUGCUCUGUUAUUGUACAGCCAAUCAGAAACUGUAUACAAUAGGUACAUUAUUCACUUAUACAACCUCUGAUUGGGUGCAGGGAGCAGAUAUGUAUAAAGAAAAUUAAAGUGACAGUAAAAGCCAAAAUGAAACACAUGAUUAAGAUAGAUCAGGCAAUUUGAUACAAUUUUCCAAUUUACUUCUAUUGACAACAUUUGCUUUAUUUGCUUUGUAUCCUUUGUUGAAGAAUAAACCUAGGUAGGCUAAUAGGAGCUGUGCAACAAUGUUUAUAUCAAUGUUAUACAUGGUUGCAAACACUGCUGCCAGAUCACAUGCAUGCUCCUAAGCCUACAUAGAUAAGCCAACAUUGGUUUACACUUUAACAAAGGAUACCAAACAAACAAAGCAAAUUUGAUCAUAUACUUUGACUUCACUGUCCUUUAAAAAAAAAAAAAAAAGCCAAUGAUAGGUAUUGGAUGAGGAGCCGAUCCCAUAAGUAAAUAUUCAUUGUUUUAAACAAGCAUUUUUUGGAUAAAGCUGCAUUUUCCUAUUACAACAGAAGGGACGCAUUAAUAUUAAUGUACAACUUACAUGUCCCUUAAGCCAGGUCAUGAUUGUUUCCUUGUUUGUGCUAUUGGAAUGAUUCAUAUUAACAAAAAACAAGCUUUAAAAGGGAACUGACAGUUUGCCUCCAAUCUAUUUCUUGUAUUGGUAUUUACCUCUGAGUGCAGAAUAUCAAAGUGACCAAAGCUAAUACGUGCACGAGUGCAUUUCACUUUUAAAUAGAUUUGCAUUAUACUUGUAUUAGUAACCAUACAUCUAGCAAAAUGUAUUAGUCUCAGAGGCAUAUGUAAAUAUUCUGUGCAUGCUCACUGCACCCAAACACAUCACCUGCACAGAACGUUGAGAAUGGAAUGUUCAUGUCAUACAAAUCAUCACCCAUUAUCUAAGCAGGAGACCCCUUCACUGGGCGUGGAGAUCAUCAGACAGGAAAAAACUCUUAAAGGGACACGAAACCCAAUUUUUUUUAUUUCAUGAUUCAGAUAGAGCAUGUGAUUUUAAACAACUUUCUAAUCUGCUUCUAUUAUCUAAUUUGUUUUGUUCUCUUGAUAUCCUUUAAAGGGAUACCUCAGGAGCUGCUAUUUGGUGGCGGCACAUAUAUGCCUCAUGUUAUUGGCUCAUCUAAUGAAUUCAGAGAGCUCCCAUUAAAUCAUUGCUGCUUCUUCAACAAAGGAUACCAAGAGAAUAAAGCUAAAUAGAUAAAAGAAGUAGACUUGAAAGUUGUUUAAAAUUGUAUUCUCUAUCUGAAUCAUGAAAGAAAAAAAAUUAGGUUUCAUGUCCCUUUAAGUAUUUGCAUUAAACAGUGGAUUUGUUCCAAUAAAAUGAAAGAUCUGUUCAGUAUAAAUGCACGACACAGUUUUCCAUUUUGCGUUUUAAGCUGAAUUAAUUUCAAGCAUCAUAUACAAAUGAGUUCAUCGUUUUUUCAUCCCCAAAUGUAUAGCCAGUUUUAUUUGUAGAAAAGCAUAAAAUCUCGUCUUUUGCCAGAAAUGUCUCGAGUAGCAUAAUUUAUUGACUGUGAAUUAACAGGAACAUUUAGCUGUUUCUAAGAAAUGCCAGUUGCUUUAGAGCAUGUAUUUGUACUGGUGAAAUAGUUCUUUAUAUUAUGUUAGUGAUGGGUGAAUGUCUAUUUUUUGUCUUCAGAAUUAUAGCACAAAUGUUCCCCUUGACAUUCUAAUGUUUCUAUUGAAUUAUUGUUAAAACCUUUUUUGGUCCACAUUGAGAUUAGUACUAAAAAAAAGAUCAAGAUUUACCUCUCACUUGAUAUCCUUUGAGAGCACACUUACAAGUCAUGAGCACUGUAUGACAGUUGUGUUCACAACAAUGUUUGUAACACUGCUGUUCAGUUCUUUAGACACAUGCACAGUAUUGAGUCUAUUUAGAUAUGCCCUCAUGUAAAUUGGAUUUUUUAAAAUUAUACCUUCUAUUUAAAGUUUAAAGGGAUACUGAACCCAAUUUUUUUCUUCCACGAUUCAGAUAGAGCAUGCAAUUUUAAGCAACUUUCUAAUUUACUCAUAUUAUCAAUUGUUCUUUGUUCUCUUUGUAUCUUUAUUUGAAAGCAGGAAUUAAAGCUUUGGAGCAUA